AUGGGUCUCAAUACUCUUAUUGCUUCAUAUCGAUCAUCAUUUUGGCUUAACGAAAAAAAAUGGUUGAUAAUGGCUGCUUAUAUUCUACGAACAAAUGAGAUCUGGCUUCAUACAAUACCAUUCCAUAGUAUUAAUUCUGAAAAAGCCGAGGUGAGAUUUGAAUUAUCUUCAAUGGAAAAUAGUUUUCGUCUGGUUACACGACCGAUAAGUACUAUUCUUGAAAGUGAUUCAAACUUGACAUUCACUACGUUGGAACUCGGAUACAAUCAUACUGGACCACGAGGAGCAAAACAACUCGUUGAUGCCUUACGAAAAAAUAAGACACUCACCACAUUAUGUUUUAAUUACAAUCAAUUAGGACCAGAAGGGACCCACUACAUAGCUGAUUUCUUAAAAGACAAUACGACACUCACUAUACUAGACCUUGGAGACAAUGAGAUUGGUGAUUUAGGAGCCAAAUAUCUAGCUGAUGCUCUGAAAAAAAAUACGUCGCUCAUCAAUUUUGACGUCAAGAGAAACGGAAUUGGAAAUUUAGGAACGCAACAUCUUGUUAAUGUCCUAAAAAAUAAUAUGACACUUACCACACUGUACCUCACGUUCAAUCAAAUUGAAGAUUUAGGAACCCAGUAUCUCGCCAAUGCUCUACAAAACAAUAAGACACUCAGCUUACUGGACCUUGCAAAUAAUGGAAUUAGAGAUGAAGGAGCUCUCUAUCUUUCACAUGUCUUGAAAAAUAAUACGACACUUACUACACUAUCCCUCACCUCUAAUCAUAUUCAAGACAUAGGAAUUCAAUAUCUAGCUGAUAGCUUACAAAAUAACACGACACUCACUAAAUUGAAUCUUGGAAAAACUUGCAUUGAAACUGAUGCAAAGCAAUAUUUGCAAGAUUUACUCAAGCGAAAUAAUGAAUUGAACAGACACAAACAAUGA